AAAAAUGAACCAAUCAAUAUUGACUAAUCUCAGAGCACACACCAGUCUUCGGGUCUCUCCUCCUCGCGGCUCGAAACGCAAGCUUCACGCUUGAAAAUCUCCGUUCGUUUUCUACCUCGUUUAGAUCGGAGAUGGCGGAGAAGCCGGCGCAAGAGCAAGAGCAGAAGCGAGCGAUGGAACCUGCAGUUCUCGACGAUAUUAUUCGUCGUUUGGUUGAGUUUCGGAACACGAGACCUGGAUCGGGGAAGCAAGUUCAUCUCAGUGAAGGUGAAAUUCGUCAGCUUUGUGCUGUCUCCAAAGAAAUAUUUCUUCAACAGCCCAAUCUGCUUGAAUUGGAAGCUCCCAUCAAGAUCUGCGGUGAUAUUCAUGGGCAGUAUUCAGAUCUAUUGAGGCUUUUUGAGUAUGGAGGGUUCCCUCCCGAAGCUAAUUAUUUGUUCUUGGGUGAUUAUGUUGACCGUGGCAAGCAAAGCUUGGAAACAAUAUGUCUUCUUCUAGCUUACAAAAUCAAGUACCCUGAGAACUUCUUCUUGUUGAGAGGGAAUCAUGAAUCUGCUUCCAUUAAUCGUAUUUACGGUUUCUAUGAUGAGUGCAAACGCAGGUUCAAUGUCAGACUCUGGAAAAUAUUCACCGAUUGCUUUAACUGUCUUCCUGUGGCCGCCUUAAUUGAUGACAGAAUACUAUGUAUGCAUGGUGGGAUUUCCCCAGAGCUGAAAAGUUUGGACCAGAUUAGAAAUAUUGCACGGCCGAUGGAUAUUCCGGAGUCUGGUUUGGUAUGUGAUUUACUAUGGUCGGAUCCUAGUGGAGACGUAGGCUGGGGCAUGAAUGAUCGUGGUGUUUCAUACACUUUUGGAGCUGACAAAGUCGCAGAGUUCUUGGAGAAACAUGACAUGGACCUUAUCUGUCGUGCCCACCAGGUUGUUGAAGAUGGGUAUGAGUUCUUUGCAGAAAGACAACUUGUUACAGUAUUUUCAGCUCCCAACUAUUGCGGGGAAUUUGACAACGCUGGCGCAAUGAUGAGCAUUGAUGAGAGCUUAAUGUGCUCAUUCCAGAUUCUAAAGCCGUCAGAAAAGAAGUCGCCUUUUCUGUGACACCGAUUAUCCAGUGACCACCAUUGCUUCAAAUUAACAAUUCUACAAAAGUUGUAUACUGGCAAGAGGAUCUAGAGACGGAAACUGCUCAAUUGGGACCUUAAUGGUACUGAUAAUAGAGCAUUAGACAUGUAGCUGUUGACAGUGAUGGCAUCGAGCAGAAGGAACAAGUCAAGUCUGUACUGUGAUUUUAGCAUCUCUCACAUCUAUGUUUGUCUAAAAUGUGUGUGUGUUUUUAGUCUUCUCUCUGAAUAAUAUUAGAUUCUCAUUUGUACUCUCUAUUUAUUUAGGAGAACCCAAAUUCAAAACUUUUUUUAGUCUCUUCACCACCAUAAAGCCAUAAUCACUACGUAUUGUUCACUUCAAAAAUUUAACAUGGGGUGCCAAUUGUCACAUGU